AUGAAUUGGCAGCUACCUCCAAACAGCGGGCUUGGCCGUCCGCCGGCCGGGCCCCCAGCUACCUCCAAACAGCGGGCUUGGCCGUCCGCCGGCCGGGCCCCCAGCUACCUCCAAACAGCGGGCUUCACCGUCUGCCAGCUGGGCCCCCAGCUACCUCCAAACAGCGGGCUUCCGUCCACCAGCUGGGCCCCCAGCUACCUCCAAACAGCGGGCUUCGCCGUCCGCCGGCCGGGCCCCCAGCUACCUCCAAACAGCGGGCUUGGCCGUCCGCCGGCCGGGCCCCCAGCUACCUCCAAACAGGGAGCUUCGCCCUACCUCCAAACAGCGGGCUUCGCCGGCCGGGCCCCCAGCUACCUCCAAACAGCGGGCUUCGCCGGCCGGGCCCCCAGCUACCUCCAAACAGCGGGCUUCGCCGUCCGCCGGCUGGGCCCCCAGCUACCUCCAAACAGCGGGCUUCCCCGUCCGCCGGCCGGGCCCCCAGCUACCUCCAAACAGCGGGCUUCACCGUCUGCCGGCCGGGCCCCCAGCUACCUCCAAACAGCGGGCUUCGCCGUCCGCCGGCCGGGCCCCCAGCUACCUCCAUCCAGCGGGCUUCGCCGGCCGGGCCCCCAGCUACCUCCAAACAGCGGGCUUCGCCGGCCGGGCCCCCAGCUACCUCCAAACAGCGGGCUUCGCCGUCCGCCGGCCGGGCCCCCAGCUACCUCCAAACAGCGGGCUUCACCGUCUGCCAGCCGGGCCCCCAGCUACCUCCAAACAGCGGGCUUCCGUCCGCCGGCUGGGCCCCCAGCUACCUCCAAACAGCGCGCUUCGCCGUCCGCCGGCCGGGCCCCCAGCUACCUCCAAACAGCGCGCUUCGCCGUCCGCCGGCCGGGCCCCCAGCUACCUCCAAACAGCGGGCUUCGCCGUCCGCCGGCCGGGCCCCCAGCUACCUCCAAACAGCGGGCUUCGCCGUCCGCCGGCCGGGCCCCCAGCUACCUCCAAACAGCGGGCAUCACCGUCUGCCGGCCGGGACCCCAGCUACCUCCAAACAGGGGGCUUCCGUCCGCCGGCCGGGCCCCCAGCUACCUCCAAACAGCGGGCUUCGCCGUCCGCCGGCCAGGCCCCCAGCUACCUCCAAACAGCGGGCUUCGCCGUCCGCCGGCCGGGCCCCCAGCUACCUCCAAACAGCGGGCUUCGCCGUCCGCCGGCCGGGCCCCCAGCUACCUCCAAACAGCGAGCUUCGCCGUCCGCCGGCCGGGCCCCCAGCUACCUCCAAACAGCGUGCUUCGCCGUCCGCCGGCCGGGCCCCCAGCUACCUCCAAACAGCGGGCUUCGCCGUCCGCCGGCCGGGCCCCAGCUACCUCUGAACAGCGAGCUUCGCCGUCCGCCGUCCGGGCCCCCAGCUACCUCCAAACAGCGUGCUUCGCCGUCCGCCGGCCGGGCCCCUAG